AUGGGCCAGCAACAUCAGAAAGACGAGCCGUUCAAGGAAAACGAAGACUUCCAGACUCGAAGGACGCGAGCCAUAAUGUGGCGAAGGAAGUCUCGGAGGUGCAUCCUGUCAAUCGACCUAUGUACUAUUUGCCAUUGUGGCAGGCUCAAUUCGAAGAGAACUUUCAAGGCGCUUUUGGAGGACAUUGAAGACGAGGCAUUAGUUGCAAGUCAUAGCAACAUUACUAGGGAGAGACUCGUUACGUCGUCAAACCCCAACCCACCUACAUCGUCAUCGCAUGUCCAUCCCGGAUAUUCCCAUGUCAUCGGCUUCCUCAAUAGUUUGAGCACAAAAAGCCCAACGGUACACACUUAUACAUGUUAUGGAGGUCCUGGGUGA